AUUGAUUUUCGCAGUUCUAUCCCAGAUUUUUCCCGUGAAAAUACAGCUGCAGUUUCGUCCAAACAUUUUUUUUUUCUCUUGCCGAAACAAAGAGACAGUGAUUCUGUUUGCUCGGGACGGUUUUUAUGGACAUUAAACCUACUUUUACUGUGUAGCCACCCGUAACGUUAUUUCUGAAUAUAUUUUACAUUCUUCUAGUGUUUUACUGAAAAAUAAGGUGUUUUAGAUCAUAAUGAGUGCUAUAGCGCAACAAAAAGUCCUUGUCAAGGAGGGUUUAUUUCAGUUUAUUACCAAACAUAUCCCUAGUGCGGAUUUAAACGUAAUUGAUGAUAUUGUACUUACAUAUGUGAUUUCGAUACUUGAAGAGGCUUCCCAGGACCCCUGCUUCGACGUAGAAGGUUUCAUCGAGAUGAUGUCAGCAUACGUGCCUCAGUUCGGGCGCAUUGAUGCAGGUCUGGUCUGCACCUGGGUGCUGGAGUUAGAAGCUGAGAUCAACCAAAGAGAUGACACCGACUCCUUGUCUAACCAUGAUGAUUCAGCCAGCAGCGAUAGGCUCAGCCUUACUCUUCAGAAUCUGAGUGAGAUGCUGCCGCCAUUGACCAAAAAUAACAGGUCCCAUUCUAACUCGGAGUCAUCUGAGAGCGUUGAGGGCAACCGUCGCCCUCUUCUAGAGGAAGAUGUUCACGCGGAACAAUGCCAGGCCCUGGCUGAGAUGUUCCCUAACACCUGUGCUAUGGAGAUAAAGCAUUGCGUAUCCAUAGCCCACGGCGACGUAGAACGUGCUGCCGCGACCCUAUUACACCGACGCGAGCAAGGACAGUCGCUGUCCGCCGCCGCGCUGCACACCGCCUCGCGACAGCCGCUCUGCGACGACCACGAGCUGAAGAACAGGAUUAUUGCUCGUUACUCCUACGUGGACAAGAACUCUGACCAGAAGGAACACAAGCCUCUCGCUCCUAAGAUCGAGCCCAAGAAGAUGGUCCGCUACAGGGACAACAAGAUCGUCUCCCUCAAGGGAGAGAGGUACACUGAGGUGCCCAAAUCUGGAGCCGACGAGGAAAACUUGAAGAAGCCCAAAAAACAUCAUUGCCCUUAACCAUUAAGUGCAUGUCAGUACAGUGGAGCAGCGGUGCCCGCCCCCCCACUCUCGCUGUCCCCCCCUCCCACUUCUAUGCCACGCCCAACACCCCCCAUUUCUCCCUUGACCAGUAACCUCGUAUAUCUUACCUACGUCAUUUUAUCUACACUUCUAAAGUGUUUCUAUAUAUUCGUCAGUAGUAAUUCGUCUAAACUAAUAUCAUAUUAUUCAAAUUUAGAAUUUUCAAAUCGCGUACAACUCACUGACCGCGUAAUUUUCACUUCGAGUGAGUUGUACGCGCGUUCAAAAAUGGUAAAAUUAAAUGAAUUAAUUAGUCGCGCUGAAAUACGCGUGUUGUAUAACCUAUUUGUGAAUUUAAUCAAUUAUUGUGAUUUUUACGCGAACGUACGGAGUCGCGUACUGCAGUGUCAUGUUGACGCAAGACGCGUACAACAGUGUCAGUUUGACGUAAGUCGCGUACAAUUGACAUUUGGGCGUUCGUACAUGUGUGUCUGUAAAGUUAGAGUAGUCGUAAAAGUGCGUGAUUCGUAUAAACUUUAUUUCGACCCGCUUGUUUCCAGUACUGAUUUUGAACAAGUAUUUAAUUUUGAUACGUCACAAUUUAAACUUAUAGGCUGUAAUUAUUUUAUUGUAGUUAAUAAUUUAAUUUCAAUUGUAUUUAUUUUUAAUUGUAGGCUUUUUAGGCAGCUGCACAGUAUUAGUAUGGCAUCUGGUGUGAAAUGUGUUCAUGAUAGCGAUCGUAAGGUUUGGAUGACGGAUGCCAUAGUUGCGAUGCGAGGAGCGCUAAAAUGCUGCUCAGUUUCUAACCGUAAUGUUCGUAGUAUCGUCGCAGAGCGGCAUCUUAGCGGCCCGGCCGGCCAUUUUGGAUUUCCAAUAGUUUUAAGUAAAACGAUCUGUUUACCUGUGAUUUCGUACGUUUAUUAUAAUUUUAUUAUCAUUAAAAAUGUGAUUCCUAAGAUAGAUUUAAAGUUUUUACAUACAUCUGUGAUUGUGAUGCCAUUUUUUUUAAUAUUUUACCCUUUAAGCGGUUUUUAUAUUAGUUUUAAUUUGGACAAUAGUUAUGAGUGUCAUUCGCUUCGUAAUGAACGAAUAGCUCUCUUGUGAUGGUAUUUUUAUUUAGUUUAAUCUGAUAUUUGGUAAUGAUUCAGGUUUAAAACGCAGUAUAAUAUACAAUAUUGACAAAAUAGUUUUAAAUAUCACAAUAGUUAAAAACUAUUUGAUGCCUAAUAUUCUAUAAUACAAUGAUGAUUCCCACAACCGAAUUACUGGGGAAACCCAAUAUAAUACAAGCCUACACCUUGGUACGGUUAGGUUACACAGACUUUCUGGCUUCUGACUACACGUAAUGACUACCAAAGAUGUUCAAUUGACAGCGAAGGCCCACAACUUUGUCAAGACAAGACAUCACCCAUCCAUGGACAGACCACGUUGAGAAUAGCUAACUAUUUAUACAGGUGAAUAAAAUAUUCAACCAAGUGGAUUGAUUUCAGAUCACAUGAUAAGCAAAAAUCCUGUUUGUAUUAAUUAAAAUAGUAUUUUACCAAGUGGAUUGGUCUCAGAUCACCAUAUCACGUCUUUUUAAAUUUUAAAACGGCGACAUCUAUUAACGACAAGAGUAACUAAUUAAUUUCUUGCCCUGUUCCCACUAAUAUUUGGGGUAUGUUUUACACUUCCAUUCCUAAAAUCUGAAUCAUUACCAUUUAUCUGAAGAAUUAAUUUAAUAAAUUAUUUAAAUAGGUUUGGAACAGACUGAUUUAUUUACAAAUUAUCUCAUCGAAUGAGAUAUAUUAUUAUUACAUAUAUUUUUAUUUAUUAUUUUAACUUUUUUACAGCUAGGCUGUAUCUCUGACUAUUUAAUGAUAAUUUUACUUUCGCAUACAUUUCUUGUGUGAUUAUUUUGAUAUUUAGAAUUGACAUAUUUUGAUCAGAAAUCAAUUUGAUAAAUAUUGGACAGAAAUAGCUCCGAAAUAAUAUUAAAUUCUGACUUAAAAGUUGCGUUUUGAAUGCCAGCUGUCGACUGCAUGAAAUCGGUCGACAUCUGAGGGCGACUGCACGUGCUGCUGCCGCUUCGAUCCAAAACGGUUUCAUGUAAAUACAUACAAACCAGUAGUGCAGCUUUUUUUUUAACGACGUCAAAAAUCAUCAAAUGACCCCUCCCGCUGUGGGUUAGCAGCCGUGUCAGACUCCUACUGACUAAAAGCCAUCGUGUUCCGUCGUAGGCCAUUUACGUACCAGGGCCGCAGUAUCUCUUUCGAACAACCCGCAGCCCCGGCAGGCCUUGGCCCUACUGGGCCCCGAUGGGGACCCGUAGUGCAGCUGCGGCCAACUUCAUGCAGUCGCGGCAUGUGCGGUCGGCAGUUGGCAUUCAAUACGUACCUUAACACCUUGUUAUGAAAUUACCAAACCAUGUAAUUUUGAAAAAAAUACAGUGUGGUAUUUUAUAAAACGUCUAGAUAUCCUGUAUAUAGACGUUUCGAAAGUAUGAAUUUAAUCACACAAGAACCAGCUUUUUUAUUUGGGCUUUUAAUUAAAUUAAACAAUACUUCUGGGAUGUUUGGUAAUACUGUGAAAUUACUGAACAUUAUUUAUUUAGAGUAUUUCUCACAACAACACAAAAAAUGCGAAUUUUGCCAUAAUUUGUAAAAAACAAAAAAACAAUUUUUAUCUUAACCAAAACUUUGAAAAUACGCUUAUUUUCUU